UCAGUCACUCACUCACUCACUCACACACUCACUCACACAACAGAAAGUUUGGAGGCCAGGCGAGCACCGGGAUACCGACGGAUAGGAAGUGACGAGACUUCGUGAAUUGCAGAAGGGGGAGAAGAAAAAAAAGGAGACGGGAAUAUCAACACAAAGCAGAAUGAGAAGCAACGUGCGAUCAUCGGACUACUGGCUGUAGCGCUGGGGGAAACUGAAAUGCGCAUGACCUUAUCAACAACGCCGGAGCGAGAGACUUUCAAUGGAAGUGAGCUCGGCUCCCAGAAGUGAAAAGCAGAGAUUUUAGUAAAGGGGGGAUUGUCGUCUGAUUUCCAUGACCGCGCUUGUGAUUUUGGAAAGUGCUGGCACACGGGUGCAUAUGGAAAGUGAGACCUAUAAACUGUAACCCAACUUUCAAUAUGAAGGAAAAGACUUUACGAAAAAAUCCAAGAAACUAGUUAGGGGAUAUGAACGCAGAUCUUUGUAAUUCGCCUCUAUUUUUUCCUCUGUCGGGUUCAGUUUUGCGUCUUUGGGGAUGUUUGCGAGUUGCGCCUCUGCGGCUUCAGUUGGGAUACUGACCCGUCUCUGCGCCCUGGUGCUGGUCGUCGCUGUGGGACUCGGUUCAGAGCUGCGGGUCCGGGUCCGGCUCGUUGACGGACUUGUGACCGAGGAGGUUUUGGAGGCGGACAGUGAGAGAGACUCGAUAUCACUGGAGUUCAAGCAGGGAGAUGGAACACUCAUCACUUUUGUGGCGGACUUCAAACAGGAUGUGAAGAUAUUCCGAGCGCUGAUCCUGGGCGAGCUGGAAAGAGGACAGAACCAGUACCAGGCUCUGUGCUUCAUCUCUCGUCUCAGCCGCAAUGAGAUCAUCCCAAGCGAGUCCAUGGCCCGUCUCAGACAGAAAAAUCCUCAGGCUAUUCGCUUGGCAGAGGAGCGGAGAGGACUGGAGCAGCUGACGAUGAGCGCUGCGGUCAAUCUAAGUCAGGCCUCUCAACUCAGCUCCCAUGUCCACAACAUGUGCAGCGAGGCCCGUGAGGCCAUUUACACCAGGGAGUCUGAUGUCAAACACUGGCUGGACAAAGGAGUGGAUGGCUCCAUAUUCGAUGUCCUGCCCCAAACAACAGAGGUGGCCGGCUUUCAGGCUUGUCACUCUACUAAAGACUUGUGGCAGCCCUGUCUCUGCACAUACAGCCUGCGCCUGGAGUGGUACCCAUGUCUGCUGAAAUACUGCCGCAGCCGGGACACCACGGGCAAAGGCUCCACCUACAAAUGUGGCAUAAAGAGCUGCAGCAAGGGCUACCAUUUCACUUACUAUGUUCCCCAAAAACAGCUGUGUCUAUGGGACGAGGAGACCUAGCAUUUUGUUCGGGAUGGUUAAGAAAAGAGAAAAACAUUUAUUUUUUUUCCACAGCCAAGCCAAUGCUUCCCCACCCAUGCUAUUCAAAGUAAACACAGUAACACUGGACCUCAGUUUAUGUGAUGUGAAACUGUCUCAGGUGGGGAGUGGCGAGAUCCAAAUGGCCAAGCUGAAACCGAAAUGAAUUCAGGUUCCCAAUAAGACCAAAACCUUUGAAGAAGGAGAGAUGCGGCACGUCAUUUUAAAAGGACCCACUACCUUUUUUAAGCUUUUUCUGGGAAAAUGACAUAUCAUUGUCAGCUAUAAUGUGACUUUGCCAAGAAGCUGUCACUUUUGUGCCUUUUUUGGAGAAAUGAUUGGAGCAGAUGACAGUGCCAACAACAAUAACCUCCCAAACAAGCUACAAUAUGCACAAAGCUAGACAGUGCAUGUCUGGUCAGUUAAACACCAGCAAAGGAGCAACAGAGUCCCACUCUGAUCAAAGGAGUCAUACUGGAUAAACAUAAUCUUCCAUCCUGGUGAAGGAAAAUUUGGAUUAUGGAAUUAUCUUUCUUAUAAAGCUCUGUGAAAAACUGUUUAUAGCCAGCAAAACGCCUGUUUAUAACUGCCUGUUUAUAAUGUAAGCUGGCUGACAAAGGAAAUGCUUCUUCAAUGCUGGCUUUAUUUAUUUUGGUUGCAAAUUGAAAUUAUUGAGAACCUUUUUUGUAUCUUUUUGCAUUAAUAAAGCUCUAAAGUCUAAACCACAGGUCCUCAGUGACAGUAAGUUUUCAAACACAUUUCAGAACAUUCUAACCUCUUGGAUUUUGGAUGUUAUUUCUAGACUCAUCCAUACUUCUUGCGACUUAGUUGCCACAUUUUCAUGGUUGUACAAAGAGUGUGGAUGAACAGGUUGAUAGGACAGUUGACACCUCAUGCCCACGACUCACAUUCUCAGUCUGUUUUAAAAGUGUCAAACCAAAGUCAAAGGAAAUACUGUCAAAAGAAGGGUGUAACGUUUUCAGUUUCUAGAAACAGACUUUUCACUGUGGUGUUUUCUUAUGUUAGGAUUCACUAAAACUGCAGUAUGGCUUUUCUUUUUUUAAAUAAUCUAUACUGCCACCUUUUGGAUGAACCGUGUUUCAGUUUCUUAUGUUUUCUGUUGUAUCCCAAUGCCAAAAUUCUGUUUUUUGGUUUUCAAUAUAAUUUAUGCAACUCAAAUCACUGAUCAUUUUUCAUGCGUAAUUCAAGGAGCACUUCUUAACUCAUGGGACCAAAUUUAAUUUUGUCUGUCUGUUCUUUAGAACAAUAGGUUGAAGUAUGAUUUUGGUUUGUCUUACCUCCAUCUUCAUUUCAGUCUUUACUCGAAUAUCAAAAGAUCAUUUUUUUGUGUGUGUUAGUAUGUCCUGCUAACUAAAGAACCAAAUGAGUGAAAUAUUUCUAUUUUUAGCCUUUACUGGUGAUCAAGUGCCUUAACAUUUUCGCUGAUAUCUUUGCGAUGUAAUUGUAGAUUAAGUUUCUAAACAUAUUUUUUUUCUAUGAAAGAGAUUUUAAUAUGUUGUAAAAACGUUGCCAUAAGGAGAAAAUGAAGCAAAUAGGUAAUGUACCAUUUAAGAGUUGAGUUUUAAAUGAAUUGUUUCAAUAAAGUCUUUCUUUGCACAGCA